AUGUCCAUUCGUACAGCUCUCACAGCUGCGUGGGCAGCUCUUCACGCGGCCCAAUAUGGCUUCGCUAUCAGCAGUUUGAACGGCGUUCAAGGACCUCUAACAUGUGGUUUAGCAGGUUCAGGUGAAUCACAUCCCGUUGGGACUGGUCCAUUGAAAGAUUGCAUCCCAAUGGGCGUUCUCUCGCUGCGACCAAUAUCAAUCAUCACCUCGGCAGAAUCGGUACUCUUCGUCUAUCCGCCAUGGCCGUUCUUGUCGGUUCGAUGGUGGUGGGGCUUGCCAAUAACAUGGGAGUGA